AUGGCCUCGGAAAACUCCCCGUCCCAGUGCCCAAGGAACUGCUCCGCCUGGGCGCCCAGGAACGGGUCCGUGGCAGAAAGGGCAGCCCCCUACACCAAUGUGAUCAUGCCUAGCCUGUUCGGCAUCAUCUGUUUCCUGGGCAUUGUCGGGAAUCUCAUCGUCAUCUACACCAUUGUCAAGAAGAAGAAGCUGAGGUGCAAGCAGACCGUGCCCGACAUCUUCAUUUUCAACCUCUCCAUCGUGGAUCUCCUCUUCCUGCUGGGCAUGCCUUUCCUCAUCCACCAGCUCCUUGGUAACGGCGCCUGGUAUUUCGGGGCUCCUUUGUGUACCAUCAUCACCGCCUUGGACACUAACAGCCAGAUCACCAGCACCAACAUCCUGACAGUGAUGACCCUCGACCGUUACCUGGCAACCGUCUACCCUCUGAAAUCCACCUAUGUCCGGACACCAUGUGUAGCAGCCUCAGUAAUCUGCUUGGUGUGGCUUCUUUCCUUCCUGACCAUCAUUCCCGUGUGGAUGUAUGCAGGCCUGAUGCCUCUGGAGGAUGGGACUGUCCGCUGUGCUCUCUUGCUUCCCAACCCCGAGACUGAUGUCUACUGGUUCACGCUCUACCAGUUCAUGCUGGCCUUUGCUAUCCCACUGAUUGUCAUCUGUGUUGUUUAUUUUAAGAUCCUCCAGCACAUGGCUACCACUGUGGUCCCCCUUCCCCAGAGGAGCCUCCAGGUACGUACCAAGAAAGUCACCCGCAUGGCAGUUGCCAUCUGCUCUGCCUUUUUCAUUUGCUGGGCUCCCUUCUACAUCCUCCAGCUGGUGCAUCUCGGCAUUGACACACCUUCUGUUGCCUUCUUCUAUGCCUAUAACUUCGCCAUUAGCUUGGGCUAUGCCAACAGCUGCCUCAACCCCUUCCUCUACAUUGCCCUGAGUGAGACCUUCAAGCGCCAGUUCAUGGUGGCCAUCCGUCCUGCCAAGGAGCAGUUCCGCAACAACAGUUCCAUCAACAACAACAGCGCAACAGAGGCCAGUGUGUGCCUAAAGCUUGCACCAGAAUCCACUCAGCAGACUCAAUUUCUGGAGGACUUUUCCCCACACUCGCUGCCUGUGACUGUCGCUGUUCACUAG